AUGGCCUCACGGCCGCUUGAAGACUGGCUUGAAUGGUCUGAACUCCCGCCGCACGCCUGCGUCCAACAAAAAUCCUCUUCACAAAUCAAGACCCGAUCCAAGGGCGGUGGCGCUCUCCUCCAAGGCGAUGCCCCAGGCCGCGACUCUGUUCUUCAACCUGAAGCCAGCGACGCGAAGGACAAGAUUCUGGAAUAUCCCGGGUUCUUCCCGACCUCCUUGAGUCCGGAGAUCCAUCAAGUUGCCGUAUUCUAA